CCUGGCAAUGCACUAUCGCGUACGCCGUACGUAUUCGUAUAGAGACGCGCUACCCCUGAAAUUUCCAUAUAAUCUUACAUUUUCCCUUCCAACAUCAUAUAGGUCCAUUCUUUACUAUGGUAGGCGAGUGAAUGAAUUAAGGGAGUCUUUAUUAAUAUAACGAGGAAUCCGUGCACAUAAGGCACAGCAAAAAUAUAUGUUAAACCGAGAGAUCCGAAGAUCUUUACUCGGGCACUUUUACAUACCUACCUAAUCUAGUUAUCUAUUAUUAGGUAACUAUCAACUUCUGCAACUAAUUUCACUCUGGAACAUUGAAUAACGUGGUGAAUGCUUAGGUACCUAAUCUACAUAAUAUGCCCAUGGCUACAUUUUAACUCGAGAUACACCUACAUUUUCAAGCCUCUUUAAGAUCGCUUGAGACAGCAUCAUGAUGGCUGAUGUUGUGUUACCACUUGUGCGGGGCUUUUCCGCCCUAUUCGCCGUUAUCGUGCUGCGCUUCUUGUAUAGGGCAUACAUCGAACGGAAGCGAGUAAGAAGUUUAAAAGCCCAAGGAAUCCCCGUAUUACCACACUCGCUACUAUUCGGACACCUUCCCGUCUUCGCAGCCUUUCGAGCGUCUCGUCCUCCAGAUGUUAAUAUAUAUGAAUUCCAUCAUUGGCUCAUUGAAAAUGUCAGCAAAUACUUCCCUGGUCAUGAGUAUUUGCCGCCGGUGGUUUAUUUGGACCUGUGGCCUGUGUCAAGGUCUCUCGUACUUAUAUAUGACGCCAUGGCUGCGGCUCAGUGCACGCAGGUCAAGAGUCUCCCUAAGGACCAGGUUCUCUCUGAAUAUAUGCAGCCGCUGACGGGAAGCAUGGAUAUCGUUUCGGCGGAAGGGGAACUAUGGAAGAAAUGGCGGUCCAUAUUCAAUCCCGGCUUUAGCCAACGGAAUCUAACAGCUCUGCUUCCAGAACUCAUCGAAGAGGCCCAGAUAUUCGCAAAUGGGCUCAAGGAUCAAGCUGGUCAAGGAGGGGAGUGGGGAUCGGUAUUCCAACUCGAGAAAAAGACGAUCAACCUGACUUUCGACAUUAUUGUGAGGGCAUCUGUAGGUUUUCGGUUACAUGAACAGUCAAACCCAUCAGAUAGCCCCUUCAAGACCGCCCUGGUAGACCAACUUCGGUUCAUGGGGAAACUAUCAAAAACCCCAAGAGCAUUCCAUUUCAGCCAGCGUCUCUGGCAUCGGAGAUCUGUUGAAAGAAACAACCGCACUAUGCGCGAGUUUCUGCUUCCGCAAAUAGAAAAAAGGCUACAGUCAGACGUCAACGCCAGCCAAAAGAAAACAAUUGUCGAUCUUGCUAUGCAGUCUAUCGAAAAGGAAAAUUCAGGUACUUUCAGGGGAAAGCUCGACGCCGAGUUUGUCGAUAGACUCAUAGCGAAUUUGAAAGCGUUUAUGUUUGCUGGCCACGAUACGACCUCAUCGACGAUCUGUUUUAUGGUAAAGAUACUGCAGGAUAAUCCGGACUGCUUAGCGAAGCUCCGAGCCGAGCAUGAUUCCGUCUUAGGACCUGACCCAGAGAAGGCUAUGGAUGUUUUGAUCGCAUCGCCCCACCUCUUGUACUCGCUCCCGUACACCUUAGGCGUCAUUAAGGAGACUCUAAGGCUGCACCCGCUCGCUGCGACGGUUCGUACUAGCGACAGUAUCCCAGGGUUCUCAGUCAGCGCGCCAGGCUCGCCUACCAGGUAUCCUAUGGAGGGGUUCGGACCUUGGGUGGGGGUAUCGGGAGUACAUCGCAAUCCUUAUUAUUGGCCACGACCAAAUGAUUGUCUUCCUGAACGUUGGAUGGCUGCCGAGGGCGAUCCGCUGUAUGUGGCUACUAAAGAAGCAUGGGUGCCGUUUUCCCUAGGACCAAGGAAUUGCGUUGGAAUGGAGUUGUCGAUGGUCGAGUUAAGAUUAGUCGCCAUAUUGAUAGCUCGCACGUUUGACAUUGAGGAGGCAUGGGAAGAAUGGGACAAGAAGCAAGGUCCCAAUGCUACGCCCACUCACAUUGUAAACGGCAAACGUCUCUAUGGUGUUGGAGGUGGACCGGUCCACCCGAAGGAUGGUAUGCCAGUACAUGUGAGGCUACGAAAUCAUAAGCUAUCCGUCUGAGAGUGAUGGACUAUCUUAUUCGUGAUGUAUAAAUAUGACGAUCAGUUUCCAGAUUUGAGGAUCUGAUUGCUAUUAUUAGCGUACUUAAAUUCACUUGUACCUAUUACAUCUAGAUUAGAAUAUUCUUUAAAAUCCAUGAUCUCUGUUGAGGCUACUUGUGGCUUAUUCCGAGCAUGUAUUGAAA